CCUUUUUUUAGAGAACAAAAAAAAAAAAAAAAAGGAACAGAAGCACAGAAGUAACGAGAUAGGAAAAGCUGCGGAGGAGUAGAUCUUCGGGCAGAGAGACGCGGAGGCAGAGAAAGGGAAGCCAAAGAGAUAGAAGCACGACACCAAGGAGGAAAAAGCUAAACUUGAAAGAAAGAGGUAAUCGGAACUUCGAAGAGCUGAUGGAGAUGAGACCUACUCUUGGCUUGAGAGGAGAGAAGAGUUGAUUCGGGGCACGUGGUGGGAGCUUUUUCGGCCAUAAAAGGCGAGGCCCAAGACAGAGGUUAGGGGAUUUUUUGGGGAGUUGAGAGAGCUUCCGAGGUUAAGGAAACAAAAAAUCCAAAAGAGAGCAGAAAACGGUAGGAACGAUCAGGGAGAAUAAGGAGAGACUUGGGGCUUAGGGAUUUCAGGAGCAAGAAGACGACUUGGAAGUGGUGUUUCGGGUAGAAAUAGAGGUUGGAGGAGAAGUUAGACGAGGCUCAGUGAUUAAAGUGCAGUAAAUUAAACCAUGGAAGAAGAUGAUGACUACGUUGAGUAUGUCCCUGUUGCAAAGCGCCGAGCAAUAGAAGCACAGAAGAUACUCCAGCGUAAAGGGAAGUCUAGUGUGUUAGAGGAUGAAUCUGAGAAAGCCAAACUCGCAGAGGCCAAACCCAGCUUGCUUGUUAAGGCAUCUCAGCUGAAGCGUGAAAUUCCUGAAAUCAGCCCGACCGAGCAGAUCGUACAGCAAGAGAAAGAGAUGAUCGAGCACUUAUCUGACAGGAAAACUCUCAUGUCUGUUCGUGAAUUAGCAAAAGGAAUAACAUAUAAAGAGCCUUUGUUGACAGGUUGGAAGCCUCCAUUGCACAUACGAAGAAUGUCCAAGAAAGAGCGUGAUUUGAUUCGUAAGCAAUGGCAUAUUAUUGUUGAGGGUGAUGAGAUUCCUCCACCAAUAAAAAAUUUUAAGGAUAUGAAGUUUCCCAAAUCUAUUUUGGAUAAGCUCAAGGAAAAAGGGAUUGUGCAGCCAACUCCAAUUCAAGUGCAAGGCCUCCCUGUUAUUUUAUCUGGCAGAGAUAUGAUUGGGAUUGCAUUUACAGGUUCAGGCAAGACAUUGGUGUUUGUUCUUCCAUUAAUCAUGAUAGCAUUGCAGGAGGAGAUGAUGAUGCCUAUUGUCCCAGGCGAAGGUCCUUUUGGUUUAAUUGUUUGCCCGUCUAGGGAGCUUGCUAGGCAGACCUAUGAAGUGGUGGAGCAGUUUUUGGCUUCAAUGAGAAAGGAAGGAUAUCUUGAGUUGAGGCCUUUGCUUUGUAUUGGGGGAGUGGAUAUGCGAUCACAAUUGGAAGUUGUAAAGAGAGGUGUGCAUAUUGUUGUGGCAACUCCUGGAAGGUUGAAGGAUAUGCUAGCAAAAAAGAAGAUGAAUUUGGACAAUUGCAGGUACUUGACAUUGGAUGAGGCGGAUAGGUUAGUUGAUCUGGGCUUUGAAGAUGACAUAAGGGAAGUAUUUGACCACUUCAAAGCUCAGAGGCAAACUCUUCUGUUUUCUGCUACUAUGCCCACAAAAAUUCAGAACUUUGCAAGAAGUGCCUUGGUGAAGCCAGUAGUAGUUAAUGUGGGAAGAGCCGGGGCUGCAAAUCUUGAUGUAAUUCAAGAAGUUGAGUAUGUCAAGCAAGAGGCAAAGAUAGUAUACCUUCUUGAGUGCCUUCAGAAAACUCCACCUCCUGUUUUGAUAUUUUGUGAGAACAAGGCUGAUGUGGAUGAUAUCCAUGAAUAUCUACUCUUGAAAGGAGUUGAGGCUGUGGCCAUUCAUGGAGGCAAGGAUCAAGAAGAGAGAGAGUACGCAAUUUCAUCCUUUAAAGCUGGGAAGAAAGAUGUCUUGGUUGCAACUGAUGUUGCCUCAAAGGGAUUGGAUUUUCCAGAUAUUCAACAUGUUAUCAAUUAUGAUAUGCCCGCAGAAAUUGAGAAUUAUGUCCACAGAAUUGGAAGAACUGGUAGAUGUGGUAAGACAGGAAUAGCCACCACAUUUAUAAACAAGAACCAAAGUGAGACAACGCUACUCGACUUAAAACACUUGUUGCAAGAGGCAAAACAAAGGAUUCCCCCUGUAUUGGCAGAGCUUAAUGAUCCAAUGGAAGAUGUGGAUGCAAUCACCAAUGCAAGUGGAGUGAAAGGUUGUGCUUAUUGCGGUGGGCUUGGACAUCGUAUCCGUGAUUGUCCUAAACUGGAACAUCAAAAGAGUAUGGCAAUUGCAAGUUCUAGACGAGAUUAUUUUGGAUCUGGAGGCUAUAGAGGUGAAAUUUAAUGUAACUUAUAAUCGGAUCUGGAGCCUAUAGAGGUGAAAUUUGAUGUAACUUCUCAUGUAACUGGUUUGGAUAAGCUGUUUGGUACGCAGUUCUGUCUGGUUUGUAAAAUUGAAAGAUCAACAAAACUUGUUCUUAACUCUUAAUGUUUGAGCAGAAAGUUCUCUAAAGAUUCUGUUAUCAAUUUUGUUGAAUA